UUCCGGUUUCACUUCCGGGUUCUAAUGUUUACAUCAGUGAGGACAGCUUUGCAGCCGUGGAGUUUGUUUUUGUUUGAGUGGCUCAAGAAGUCACGUGUUACAUUUAACGUGUUAUCAAGCUGUUUGGCUUGGGAAUAUAUAAGAAACAGAAUAUUAUUCAGAAAGUCGGGCCCUGACAUAAACCAUGAAGAAGAAAGUGCGACGUCUAAGGACCUCAUCACAACAGACUGGCAGAGUGCAGAUGUCAACAGAUGGAAGUGAGGAGAAAAAGUCAUCUGGUAACAGAGGGAAACUUCAGAAGACUGUACCACAUACUAUAGAUGGUUUGUUACCCGAAAAUACAGGGAUAGACAUGAACUCAGGCUUAAGUGUGAUAAAAGAUGACGAACAAGAGAAAAAUCCAGACAGCAAAACCAGAUUAUCAACAGGCAGACUGUCUACUGCCAUCUGCCGUCUCUGCCAUGGAAAGUUCUCCCCGCGCAGCCUAAGGCACGCCUUCAACAAAUGGCCACAGGAUUCCCUGGAAAUCUUUGACUCUGCUGCUCAAGCGCCCCUCUUGUUCCAUACGGACUUCCAGCGCUUGGUCGGGGUCCAGUUGGACCGUGAUCCUGAACUGUCAGAGUUUAUCUGCAAAAAGUGUCACACCAAGUUCUACAAGUGCCACAAUACCCUGAUCAGGUUUCUGCAGAGAGUCAACCUGCCACCUGUCAGAAAGGGGAACCGGAAGAACUCAGAGUGUCCAAACUCCUCAGCAAACAACACAUCAGGAACACCAACUUCCAUAACAACUGACCCAAAAUGCCUCCACAGUUUGGUUACCUGGGCUCACCGACACGGGGAGGCCUGCCGGUCCUGCCCUGACCUGAAGGAGGUGCUGGAGGGCCAGUGUUGGGGCUCUGUGAAGGCUGUGUGGGGCUGUGUCGAUGGUCACAGAUACAUCAUGGACACUCAGUGCUCCUCUGCUUCCUACCUGGGAGCCAAAGGGGAGGCCAGUAGAGGAGCUUUAAGGAUCAGGAAUGAUGAGGGAGAAAUCUCAGAGGACGAACAGGAAGAGUUGGAUGAGGGGGAAGAGUCUGCUGGAAAUGAAAGGUUAUUAGAUGGAAGCAUAAAAACUCUGGUUCAGCAAAGUCUGCCCUCAGGAACAGAACAGAACUUGGCUCAGGAGGGCUGGACUGGGAGUGAAGAUUUUCCAGAGGAGGCGCUGUCUCCAGCUGCUGCUCCACUGCAGGACCGAAGCGCUGACGAUGAUCUUUCUGACAGGGCGAUCUCCGAGGAAGAAAUUGAGGAGAACAGAAGAGUGGACCCGUCAGACGAGGAGCUGUUUGAGCCAAUCCUGAACAAGGCAGCCUCCAGACUAAACAUCUCCAACAAGAGGAGGCAGAGCCCAAAGUCCUCUGAAGAACCCAGAGUCAGGAAAAAACCUGGACCCAAACCAGGCUGGAAGAACAAGUUCAAGCCUAAAGGAGAGGAACUCCCAAACAUCUACAAGUGUCCAUAUCAGGGCUGCACUGCUGUCUACAGAGCUCCUGAUGGCUUAAAGAAACACAUUAAGGAGCAUCAUGAGGACAUGAGGGAGAGACCCUGCCCUCAUCCUGGCUGUAACAAGGUCUUCAUGAUCGACCGCUACCUGCAGCGACACGUCAAGCUCAUCCACACAGAGGAGAGGAACUAUAUUUGUGACCAGUGUGGUCAGACCUUCAAACAGAGGAAACAUUUGUCAGUUCAUCAGAUGAGGCAUUCAGGAGCCAAACCGCUGCAAUGUGAGGUUUGUGGGUUCCAGUGCCGCCAGAGAGCGUCCCUGAAGUACCACAUGACAAAACACAAGGCCGAGGCAGACCUGGAGUUUGAGUGUCUGAUAUGCAGGAAGCGCUUCGAGAAGGCGCACAACCUGAACGUCCACAUGUCCAUGGUCCACCCGCUGAUCCAGGCCCAGGUCCAGAGGAGCGGCACCAAGAGGCAGCAUGCAGACCUGCAGACCAUAGGUCUGACCGGAGAAGUGGUCCAGCAGGACCAGGACAGAUGACAGCAGGGAGUCCGGGUCCUGCUCUGCUUCAGAGGUGAAGGUGCUCAGGGUCCUGUCGUUCCUGUUUCAGCCACUAGGGCGGUGUCUGCCUUUCCUCCAUUCACACUGCAGCAGUUCUUCAGUUUUUGGUCCUAAUGUUCCGACUACUCAGCAAAGGAAAAAAGCAAAUGAAUCCGAACGAAAGAUCUUAAAGAAAGUUGCAGAUUUUAGCUUCAGAUUUGAAGAUGAAAAGGUUUUAUUGUUUUGAACUGCUGGUCAGGCAACAAACUAUUUAAAAUUGAUGUUAAGUUAUGUAUUCAAUGUUGUCACACCAGGAAGCGCUGCCUUAUGACUGUUAGCCAAACUACAGCUGCUUAGCUCUGGUGUUGAAGCUCUGUAGGAAGGAAGAAACACAACGAGAUGGAGUCUUUUUUUAUUCCAAGAAAAGAACACUGCAACAGAAGGGCUCCUCAUGUAUAUGAUCUGUAGAAA